AAAGCGGCAGUCGAAGCCUGGCUUAAGCAUCAGUUGCAUUUGUUCAAUCCCACAAGCAAAACCAAAACCAAUCCUUCAAGAUGUUCAAGUUCUUCGCCGCCGUUGUCUUCGCUCUGUUCGCUUGCGCCGCCGCCAAGCCCGGAAUCGUGGCUCCUCUGGCCUACUCCUCCCCCUACGUGGCCUCCCCCUACGUGGCAUCUCCCUACGUGGCAUCUCCCUACGUGGCGUCUCCCUAUGUGGCCGCUCCCUACACCGCUGCCUACACCGCCGCCUACACAGCACCCUACGCCGCUGCUGCCUACACCGCCCCCCUUCUGCUGAAGAAGUAGAGCGUGUUCCCGGAAACAGGAUCCAGGAUACGACUGCCGGAAAGGAUGGAUUAGAUUGACACUCGCAAUGAAAUUGAAAUAAACUGACCGAAAAACGAAAA